AUGCGCUAUGAAAUAAACGGAAUAGAAAUUCAAAAAUUAAAAACACCUGGAGUUGCAUCUUGCUUGAAAGCAUAUUGUUCGUAUACUCCAAACGAUUUGAAUACGUUGGAGAACGCUGCUUGGGACUCGCUGAUUUUAAAUCGCGCAUCUACCGACCUGGAUGCGAUACACGUUGUUGGCGAGGGCGCAACCGAAGCAGUCUCAAAAAAUAGAAAAAUUACAAUUGAACUUACUAGGGUGGUGUGGAAAAUGCCUAUUAUCAGAGUUAGUGAUAAAGAAAAAUUAAGGUUGAUAAAAGUGGUAGAUUCGUGUAAAACACUAUCAUGUGCGUUCAGAACCUGGGAUCUCUGCGAAUAUCCUAUUCUCCCUAGAAAUACCUCACAUUCGUGGACGGUAAAGUCCAGCAACUUGUUAGAAAAACCGAGGUUUGUGUUAUUCGGAUUACAAACAGAUCGAAAAAAAAAUAUUGAAAUAGACGCUGGACGCUUUGAUCACUGUCAACUAAAAAAUCUUAAGGUUCACUUAAAUUCUGAAGUGUAUCCAUAUGAAGACUUUCGUGCUGAUUUUAAAAAUAAUACAACUAGUAUACUGUAUAAGGCCUAUGCAGACUUUCAAAAAUCAUAUUAUGAGAAAGAGUAUAGUGAACCUUUAUUGUCAAAACAUAUUUUUCAAAACUAUUCACCAAUCAUCGUUGUUGAUUUAUCGUGUCAAAACGAUAAUGUGAAGUCGUCAACCGUAGACCUACGUAUUGAAUUUGAAACUGAUACCGUUAUUCCGGAAAAAACUACAGCGUAUUGCUUAAUAUUACAUGACCAGAUUAUAAAUUAUAGCCCGUUUAGUGGCGAAGUUAGAAAAUUGUAA